CAAUGAAAAUCUCGACCAUGCCGAUGUCCUCGAACGUCGUAGAGGAGAGAGAAAAAUGCUUAAUGCAGUGCUCAUCUGCACUCAACGACGGCGAAACUUAUGAUAAUGACGAUAGGAAGAGUAAGGAGUCUUUUCUGAAGUCCUGCCGUUGGCAAGAAGAAUCAAAGUUAUCCUUAAAUUCGGGCAUCAAGACUGAAAGGCCAGGCAAAGAACCGGCCGAUGAAGAAGAUAGAGACGGUGAUAGGCCCGAUGUCACCGCCGGAUUAGCCCAACUUAAAAAGCUUUCUUGUCAAGAACAGAUAGGUAAUCUCAAUAUGGAAAAAAUCGGCAGAUUCUUGGAGGCCAACCCAACAUUGGCCGAAACAUGGAUUCGUGAACACGCGAGUAUUGAAUUGAAGCUGCGCCUGCAAACGUGCUGCCUCGUACCCACGAACUCUUCCUCCGCAAGUUUGCAAUUCGAAGAGAGUACGCUAACGUGUAGUAAGCGCAAUAGUAUCACAUCGGACUUGUUUCAGUCUUGGCUGGCCUCUAAUUCGCCCAUCAAACGUAGUCGCAGUCCUAGCAGAUCGUCGAGCACGCUGCUGGGGCGCAGAGAGGAACUAAACAGGCUGGAUGAAAAUGACCUCUUUAUGGAACUGAUACGUGAUGUCGCGAACGAACUCGACAUUAACAUCCUCUGUCACAAAAUCCUUGUUAAUGUGGGCAUCCUGACUCACGCCGACCGAGGGAGUCUCUUUCUCGCCAAAGGACCACUUGACGAUCGCUAUCUCGUCGCGAAACUAUUUGAUGUCACUCAGGAUACGAAUUUUGAGGAGGCCGUGCAGCAUGCAAGGAACGAGGAAAUCAGAAUACCAUUUGGUGUCGGGAUCGCUGGAUACGUCGCACAAAAUAAACAAGGGAUUAACAUCAAAGACGCUUAUAAGGAUCCACGAUUUAACAGCGCAAUUGACAUGCGCACGGGCUACAAAACGACUCUGAUACUUUCAAUGCCAAUUUGCAAUUAUGAAGGUGAUGUCAUAGGGGUUGCUCAAAUUAUUAACAAAACAAACGACAGCAAUGAGUUUACCGAUCAUGAUGUUGAGAUAUUUCAACGCUAUCUUACUUUUUGCGGUAUUGGAAUACAGAAUGCGCAAUUGUUCGAGCUCUCUGUUUUGGAGUACAGAAGAAAUCAGAUUCUAUUGAAUUUAGCACGUAGCAUUUUCGAGGAGCAGAACAACCUGGAGUGUCUCGUCACAAAAAUCAUGACCGAAGCCAAGGAGUUGCUAAAGUGCGAGAGAUGCACUGUUUAUCUACUUGACUUAGACUGCGGCGAGGCGGGCCAUUUAGAGAAAAUUGUUGAGAGACCUGGAAAGUGUAUUCAGGAAUCAAGGAAACCCCUUUCGAGGAGAGAAAGUAAUAAUAUUGACAUGGAAGACAUCUUACAACAACACGAGGACGAGAAUAAUAAGUUUACGAUGGUUUUCGAGAUGGAAAAUGGUACGCAGGAAGCUAAAAUUUACCGACCCACGAGUGGCAACCUUACGAGUCCUUUGGGUCAAUUAGCUCGUUACGUAGCUGCAACUGGGCAGAUUCUUAACAUUGGUGAUGUUGCAACUUGGUCUAAGCGUCAAGUCUUUCAAGUGGGUACGGAGCCGACGCGUAGCAUUCUGUGUAUGCCGAUUGUAAAUGGACAGCGAACAGUCAUCGGUGUCGCUCAGCUCAUCAACAAGGACAAUGGCUUCUCUUUUACAGACUCGGAUGUCACAAUUUUCGAAGCUUUCGCGAUAUUCUGUGGUCUCGGUAUUCACAACACCCAGAUGUACGAGUCGGCUUGUAAGCUCAUGGCGAAGCAAAAGGUCGCGCUGGAGUGUCUCAGCUAUCACGCCACGGCGAGCAAUGAGGAUGCCCUCAAGCUUAUGUCCGAUGAUAUUCUACCGGCUGAGACGUACAAUCUCUAUAGCUUUAGGUUCAUUGAUUUCGAUCUGACCGAUGAAGAAACCUGUAAAGCUACCGUAAGGAUGUUCAAACAGUGCGAUCUCAUCAACAAGUUUCAUAUACCUUAUGACGUUCUCUGCAGAUGGAUACUCAGUGUUAAGAAAAAUUACAGGCCGGUAAAGUACCAUAACUGGAGACAUGCACUGAAUGUGGCACAAACAAUGUUCGCGAUGUUGAAAACUGGUAAAAUGGAGCAGUUUAUGACAGACAUAGAGAUUCUGGGGCUCCUUGUUGCUUGCCUUUGCCACGACCUCGAUCAUCGUGGCACCAAUAAUGCAUUUCAAACAAAAACCGAAUCGCCCCUCGCAAUCCUUUAUUCAACAAGUACAAUGGAACAUCAUCACUUUGACCAGUGCGUCAUGAUCUUGAAUUCCGAUAGCAAUAAUAUUUUUCAAACGCUUUCUAUGGAACAUUACAGAAGAGUGAUGAGGGUUGUAGAGAAUGCAAUAUUAUCGACUGAUCUUGCGGUCUACUUCAAGAAGAAAAAUUGUUUUAUGGAAAUAAUCGAUGAUGGCGAAUUCGAUUGGCAGAGCAAAGAGAAAAAGGAACUGCUAUGCGGCAUGAUGAUGACAGCCUGCGAUGUAAGCGCAAUUGCCAAGCCUUGGGAGAUCCAGCAUCGUGUGGCUAAACUAGUAGCGGAUGAGUUCUUCGAUCAAGGUGACCUUGAACGGCUACAGUUGAACCAGCAACCCGUGGCAAUGAUGGAUCGAGAGCGACGAGACGAGCUGCCGCAGAUGCAAGUCGGUUUUAUUGACGUCAUUUGCUUACCUUUAUACAAGGUAAUGGCCGAAACAUUCCCCUGGAUCCAGCCACUGUACGACGGUACCAUGGAUAAUCGAAAACACUGGCAGGAUUUAGCCGAAAAAGUAGAGAUGGGCCUCACGUGGAUCGACAGGGACACUAUCGAGGAGCCAGUCGAAGAGUUCGUAUCAAUGGAGCCGAAAGAUAUCGAAUUCACGGUCACGACGCUUAAUUGUACUCAUACUGAUAAAAAGGACACGGUGGGUUUUUCUUAAAUUUUGGCACAGGAAAGGAGUAAAUCCACCCUCGGUAGAUUCGCUUCUCUCCGCAAGGGCGGGCGUAACAUCAGCAAAGGUGUGCGCAGUCGAUUAAGUAGAUCUCUAUACUCGAGGAGCAAUUCUGAAGGUACGUCGAUCAACGUCCAGGGCAGUGGUAUCGGUCAAGAUAGUCAGGCGAGUCAAGGAGCGGCAGCAAAACCUACUAAAGUUCUUAUACCUGAACGGAAGAAUAGAAACAAAUUGUGUCUGCUCAUAUGACGAUUGACUUCAACGACGCUAGAGAGUAUUCCCGAAUGAAUAAGGCAAUGGCAGUUGCGCAAAUACCGACAAUUAAUUUUUAUUCUAUCUUUGUACAACAGUAACAGCUCCAUUUGUCAUAGAAUCGUGAGCAAACC